AUGACAGGAGGUAAUGUGGAGGGAGAUGAUGGCGGCGGGAACAGUAAUGGCAGCCUUCUCUUCGAUGGGAAACAGUUCUGGUUGUCUCACAACAUUCCUCAAAGAAGCAGAUUCAAAGAGUUGAUUGAGACAAAUGGCGGUAUUGUAAGGCUUCAAGAGAAAGAUGCAGAUAUCAAAUUGGUAGAUCAUACAAGGAAGAAUCUUCCAUCUGACACAUACUCCUUUAAAUUCGUGGAAGACUCUGUCCGGAGAGGAGAACUGGCAGACCUGGAAGCUUACAGAGCUGGACCUUCCGCACCCCGACCUGUGGGAGCAACACACAUCUCAACUAGAGCUCACAAGAUCGCAUACUCACUACAAGAUGACCAACUGCUAUGGGACUGGGUGCAACCGUAUGAGAAAGACCCAAGAGCCCCAAUCAGCGGAAACCUAAUUUACAAACAAUUAGCGGAGAAGCAUCCGCGACAUACUUGGCAAUCUUACCGUGAUCGGUAUUUGAAGAGACUUCGUGGAAAGUCACGUCCGGGGGGCGAGUCAGCGUCCACAGGUCAGGCUCCCGCUCAGACGGAGAGCACUAUGAGACAGUCCCAGGUCCCUAGCACUGCCCCGACAAAGUCGCGUGAGAGAUGUGAGAAUGCUCCCGAGACUACGGAGAAGGUAGAAGCCAGGAAAAGGAAAAGAAGUCCUGAGGUCGGCGAACCAGACCGGACCGAAGGUCAACGAACAGAUGAUCGACCGAAGAAAAGGCCAACACCGGCAACUCUACCUGAGAAGAGCACCUCUACUGCUCGUCAUAGGGUACAUGAGGAGCAUCCCACUCAUACCGAGCCAACGGUAACUACAGCUUCGAAACGUACGGAUCGACAAAGGAAGGACGAACCAAAACCAAAAGAUAAAGGAGGUGCCACCGUGGUACAAUCCCACAAAACUCGACAGCCAAGCGAAAACCCAGAUAGCGUCCCUGACAAUUUCCUCUUUGAACUGCCGUUCUUUCCCUCAAGUCCGGAGUCUCAAGAAGAGCCUCCUCAAGAGCAAGACAUCGACACAUGGAUCGAGGACCGUCUGCGAACAGGCAAGGCAGAUAACGAGGAACAAGUGAUUGAGGCUCUACAGUGCACCAGCAUGGACCCACGCUUAGCCGACAAGGUCCUAGAAUACCUUGCUGCAGGAAAAGGCAUUCCUGAGGAUAUGCCUGGAGUUUGGACACCCGAAGAUGAUGAAUGCGUGGAAGUGGGCAACAGCCGAGCCAUCGAACGAGUCUUGAAGAAGCAUGGAUCAGAAGCCUUCGAAGCACGGUGGAAUUAUCUUAGCAUGGCCAGGGCCGCAGGCCUUUCUGGAGGCAUGGGCGAUUGA